AUGCAUAGGCAUGUAUUUAUUCGAAUUGUAGAUGCCCUUGGAAAUUAUGAUGAAUAUUUCCAAAUGAGGGUCGAUGCAACAGGUAAAAUGGGUCUUUCACCAUUGCAUAAAUGUACAUCUGCUAUUCGUAUGUUGGCGUAUGGGUCUCCUGCUGACCUUGUAGACGAAUAUGUUCGAAUCGGUGAAAGAACUUCAAUUGAGUGCUUAGAAAGAUUUGUUAAGGGUGUCAAUGUUGUAUUUGGCGCUGAGUAUUUGAGAAAGCCUAACAACACUGAUGUUGAACAUCUUUUACAAAUGGGAGAGUCACGUGGCUUUCCAGGUAUGUUGGGUUCCAUCGAUUGUAUGCAUUGGGUAUGGAAAAAUUGUCCUGUUGCAUGGAAAGGACAAUUUUGUCGAGGUGAUCAUGGUAAGCCCACAAUCAUGCUUGAAGCAGUGACAUCACAAGACUUAUGGAUUUGGCAUACUUUUUUUGGUAUUGCAGGUUCAAACAAUGACAUUAAUGUGCUAAACCAAUCCAACGUGUUUAACGAUAUUUUGGAAGGACGUGCUCCCAAUGUGCAAUAUACAAUCAAUGGGACACCAUAUAAUAUGGGGUAUUAUUUAGCAGAUGGUAUAUAUCCCGAGUGA